CCGUAUGUUACAUAUAAUAAAAAAUUUCGCAUUUAAAAUUGCUAUCGGAGAAUGGCCCCAAAAUCUUAAAUUGAUGAUCAUUGCUAAAUAGUAUUUAAAGUUAAAGUUAUCCCCAAUUUUCAUUUAUUUCAUUAAAACGUUUUCUUCUCCAAUUAUUACUAACAUCCUUAUUCAUCAUGACAAGCAGCAAGGAUUUAUUCCAUAAACUUAAGAAACCAUUCAAAUCUAGCAAACAUAAUACAUUGAAUGAUGAAUCUGAAAAACCACUGGAACCUCCAGCAAUUAAAGAAUCACAGGAUAGUAAAGAGUCAAUAAUAACUCAAACUUCCAAGGGCAAACUUCAAACUUUCCCUCCUAAAACUCAAAAGGAACCUUUACCACCGGAUUUACAUGGUGAUUAUACAAAUUAUAAACUCCCUACACAUGAAACUGUUAUCAACCAACCUCCUGGCUUAAAUGAAAAUUAUAAUCCAUACUAUACUGAUAAUGCAAAGAUAACAAAUGGGACCGGAAACUUUUAUUAUCCCAAGAAUACCACUACGGAAGGAACAAAAGAACAAGCUACUCAAGCUGUAAUGGAAACUGAAAAACAAAGGAAAUUAAGAGAAACCAGAGAGGCAUUAUCUAAAGGAAAUACCGCUAAAGUGGAACCAGACUCAACAUCAAAACCAAUCAAUGAAGGGACAAGUGGAUCAUUAUCUCCCACAUCUGAUAAACAUGUACUUAAUCCUAACUUGACUGAAAUUUGUGAUGAAAAUGUUUCUACAACUGCAGUUUAUAAUCAACCAAUUUCAACCCCAAAAUCAACAGAUACUGAUAUUAAUUCAAAUAAAGAUAAGAAAACCACAACAGAGUCAUAUGCUACUGGUGGUGCUUUUGGUGGUUUAUCUGGGGUUAUAGCUGCUACUGCUGCCACCGCUGUAGAUUACAUAGGUUUCAAAAGUCUGAAUUCUGAUGAAAAAAGUGACUUGAAAGAAAAUGUAGACUCCAACAAGGAAGAUACUUCUGAAUCUCAACCUAACACUACAAGUGAAAAACUUCAAUAGUUUCAGUUAAUUUUCCACAGAAAAUAGUUAUAUGUAAACUGUGUAUAUUAAUUUUAUAUUUAUAUUAAUCCUAUAUAAGAAAUUCCAGUCUUUUUUUCGGUUGUCAUUUUUGCUGCAAAAGUUUUUCAAAGAACACAUAAACAACAGUUCCCACUAGGCCAAGCGAAGA